AUGACCUCCUGGGGCAGCUUCGGCCAGAGCCCCUCUGGCUCCCCUCAUGGCACAGGAGGCGGCUGGGGUCGGCCUGGGAGGUUCCCCCGGGCUCCCAGCGUCCAUGGGGGCGCAGGGGGUGUCCGCGUCUCCCUCUCCUUCCCCUCGCCAAGCUGCCCGGCACCUGGAGGGUCUUGGGGGCCUGGAAGAGGCAGUUCCCUCGUAAGUGGAAAUGGGAAGGUGAUGAUGCAGAACCUCAAUGACCGCCUAGCCUCCUACCUGGACAAGGUACGUGCCCUGGAGGAGGCCAACGUGAAGCUCGAAAGUCGUAUCCUGAAGUGGCAUCAGCAGAGAGAGCCUGGCAGUAAGCACGAUUAUUCCCAACAUGAAGAAAACAUCAGUAGCCUGCAGGAGCAGAUAGUGGAUGGUAAGCUGACAAAUGCCCAGAUCAUUCUUCUCAUUGACAACGCAAGGAUGGCAGUGGAUGACUUCAGCCUCAAGUAUGAAAAUGAACACUCCCUCAAGAAAGACUUGGAAAUUGAAGUUGAGGGUCUCCGAAAGACCUUGGAUGACCUAACCAUUAUCACAACAGACCUGGAGCAGGAGGUAGAAGGGAUGAGGAAAGAGCUCAUCCUCAUGAAGAAGCGCCAUGAGAAGGAAAUGGAGGAACGUCAUGUGCCAAAUGACUGCAUGGUCGAUGUGAAGGUGGAUACAACGCCAGGGGAAGAUCUGAUUAAGGUCCUGGAGGAUAUGAGGCAGGAAUACGAGUUUAUGAUAAAGAAGAAGCACCAAGAUUUGGAUGCUUGGUAUAAAGAGCAGGAGACGGCCAUGGCCCAGGAAGCAGCCAGUCCAACAGCUCUGCAGAGCAGCCAAAGUAACAUCCAUGAGUUGAAGCGCACUUUCCAGGCCCUGGAGAUUGAUCUACAGGCACAGUGCAACAAGAAAUCUGCUUUAGAAAACAUGUUAUCAGAGACCGAGUCUCGGUACUCCUGCCAGCUCCAGGACAUGCAACGGAUCCUCUCCCACUAUGAGGAGGAACUGACGCAGCUCCGCCAUGACCUGGAGCGUCAGAACAGCGAAUACAAGGUCCUUCUGGGCAUCAAAACCCACCUAGAGAAGGAAAUCGCCACCUACCGCCAGCUCCUUGAUGGGGAGAAGGAAGGGACAAUGGAGGAAUCUAAGCUGAGUAUAAAAGCGUUCCCGAAUAUCUUUGACCUGGGAACUCUAUUUUCUCAGAUUACCUUUAACAUCUCACAAAAAAAGCCCCAAGAAACCAAUCCGGGACAAGUAGCACUUUUCGGAUUAGAGAGCAUCAAUGGAAGAAUAAUUUAUUCUCAAGUGAAAGAGAUCCAAAAGUAUGCAUGAGGCCAAUAAAAGUUUCUGCCCAUUAUAAAACUUAUUUUUCCCCAAUGAAAAGUCCUUGCCCAGACACAAAUAUGUGGGUCCUAAGAGGUAUCCUUGGAGUUGUCUAACUCAGGAGCUUUUUUUUUUCCACUCUGUAACAAUCUCACCAGACAUUCCAUAGUGA